UGGGUCGAGAAUUCCGGCCGCUCAGGAAGACGCAGAAAAAAGUACUCGCUCCAAUGUUUAUUGGAGGAUGACAUUUUAUCAAAAAACACUAGACCAGCCCUAGACUGGAAGAGGAAGGUCCCCGGCUCGGACAGCUUCGGGUAGUAAAAGUAGUGGAAGACCCGGGGCGUAAGAGGGAUGCCAUGCAGCUGAAACAAGACGACGACGCCGCACAGAAGACGGAAGGAGUUCGACACGAGUUGAGGGAGGGAGAUGCGGAAGUAUUUACAAAUUGCGAUAAUGAAAGGAUGGAUAGGGAACCGCAGACCGGCGGAGAAAUGGUCCCUGAGCAGAUAGAUGCAUCCGGUCGACGGGGUAUUUGGCCGAUUGGACGAGGAAGGCAAAACAAUCUCGUGGUUAGGCGGAAUUUCGAAGGCAUUUCUAAGACCCUCCGUGUCGCCCUCGUCAAACCUAGACUCCAUGGUGGUAUACCAGGGUCCAGGGAUGGGGGCUGACAGCUGUGAGGAGCUGGCCAUCGCAAAAACGGACGCAAAAUGGGGGAAAGACGAUCGAAAAAGAUACAAAAGGGUCGCGAGAACGUCGCUGGAACAGCGAAAAGCAGAAGGCUCGAAAGAAAAGGUGACGGGAAGAGAGCUUACCGGGAAAGAGGGAGACGGAGGAUCACCGGAGGGCAAGACGCAAGGAAUCGCCGGAGAGCACAGUGAGCAAAAGCAUAAAGGCCGUUGGAAACACGGCAACGAAAGCUUGUAGAAGGCGACGACGCAGCGGGCUCAUAUACCCCGGGCUCGGCCUAUCGAAGCCGUCCGAUCUAGGUCGCGGAAACCUAGGACAAGAUCUCGCCGUUGAAUUCAAACUGCCAAGCGUCGCCAUCAAUGCCUGUCAUGUCAGGCGUGUGGCGGUAGUGGCCGUGACAGGUUGGCAGUUAAUGCAGGCGUGGGAACCUGUUGUGCCUUAAUAAGAGGGGAUUUGCACGAUUCCCAAGAAAUUCAUUUGGAUACUCCUGACCAUAUCAGUUCAUUAUGAUUAUGAGAUAUGAUAGAUGAAUCUGAAAAUAACUUUUCUUAAUGGAAACCUACUCUAGGACGUAUAUAUGAUACAACCUGAGGGUUUCACAUCUGUUGAUAGAAAUAAAGUAUGCAAGUUUCAACGGUCCAUUUAUGGAUUGAACCAAGCAUCCAAAAGUUGGAAUAUCCGUUUUGAUGAGGUAAUAAAAAAGUUUGAUUUCUCACAAAAUCCUGACAAACCUUGUGUAUACCAAAAGGUUAGUAGGAGUGUAGUCGUAUUCCUAAUAUUAUAUGUCAAUGACACAUAUUACUCAUAAGAAACAACGUGCCAGUUCUACAAGUCAGUUAAAAUUUGGUUGUCCAAAACGUUCUCCAUAAAAGACAUGCAAGAAACAACUUACAUCCUUGGGAUGAAGAUCUAUAUAGAUAGAUCAAAGAGGUUGCUUGGUCUUUCACAGUCUACAUAUAUAGACAGAGUGCUAAAAUAGUUUAACAUGUAUGAAUCUAAGAAAGGUUUCAUACCCAUGAGGUAUGGAAUUCACCUUUCAAAAUCUAUGUGUUCACGUACAGAAGAUGAGAGGAUUUGCAUGAAUAAGAUUCCCUAUGCAUUUGCGAUAGGAUCUAUCAUAUAUGCUAUGUUAUGUACAAGGCAUGAUGUAUCAUACGCUUUGAGUGUCACAAGCAAUCGGAUCCAGGAAUGGAUUAUUGGGUGGCUGUCAAGAUAAUCCUUAAGUACUUAAGAAUAACUAAGGAUAUGUUCUUAAUAUAUGGAGAUGGUAAUAUAGUUAUACGCGGGUAUACUGAUACUAGCUUCUAGACAGACAAGGAUGACUCCAAGUCCCAGUCUAGAUACAUACUCACAUUGAACGAAGGCCAGUUAGUUGGAAAUGUUCCAAGCAAGACAUCGUAGCAAACUCUACCUAUGAGGCAUAAUACAUUGUAGCUUCGGAAGCAGCAAAGGAAGUGGUUUGGAUCAAGAAAUUUAUCACUGAACUUGGAGUGGUUCGGACCAUUGUUGAAGCAUUACCCGUCUACUGCAAUAACACUAGAGCCAUUGCGCAAGCAAAGGAACCCAAGUCCCACUAGCAAUCCAAACAUGUGCUUCGCCAUUGUCAUCUAAUCAAGGAGAUCAUAAGUAAGAAAGAAAAACAACUCGAGAAAAUUUCCACUAAAAGGAACCUACCGGAUCCUUUGACAAAGGCUCUAUCACAAAGCAAGUUUGAGAGUCACGUCUAAGCUUACAGUUUAGGAAACCAUGGCGAUUGAACAUAUGUAAUUAUAAAAGUUUUAAACAUUCCCUAAUUAAUGAAUUGAUGUAUUCAGACAUCAUCAAUUCUGUGAGACUAGUAUAGGUUAUACUCCUUGGUCUAACUAAGCGGUUGUUACUUAUUAGCUGGAGACAUUGAGAUGUCAAGAAUUAAACGUGGAUGCUAGUUAUAGUUCAUUAGAGUGACUUGCUAAAAGGUUUCAUAUGGUUCUCUACAUAUAUGAAUAUAUUUGUGAAGUACUUACUGCAGCUCGAAUGCAAGUUUCCUUUGACUUGAGAUAUUCAAGUCACCUUGGUCAUGGAGGUUUAUACUUUGACAUCUCAAGCAAAACAUCUCCUUAGAAAUGUGAACUCGGGAUGAUUGGGUAUAAGUCGAAGUGCCCGAAAGUGUUUGGAUAACCCAUAGAGGAUUCACUGCUCCUUACGAGGAAACGUAUACCCUAUGGCCACUUGUCAGGAUUAUUACUCAAAGUCUUUACAAAACAUCAUAUGUUAAGAGUAUGAGACUCUCAGACACUUGUAGAAGUAAUUUAAAUCUACAAGAUGAGGAAGUAUUACUUGGGCUAGGUGUAACGUAGUCAGUCUAGUAGGGACAGACAUAUAAACUAUGUCCUGAAUCAAGUGGGUAUAAGACUAGUGAAAGGAAUAAGGACGACUCACUAGUUGAUGAAGAAUUUAGAACUAGUUCUGGAAUCAACUGUGAUUUUUCAAUUAAUUGGGGAUCAUGAUGUACUACUAGGUGUCACUUAUAAUCGAUUCAUAAUUAAAUAGUUAAUUAUGGACGACCAAGAUAAACCAGGAACCUAUUGGGUCACAUGCACUAUGAGUAUCUAAAAGACAUAAAAUAAGUUCGAGAAUUCGAUUUUCAGAUCAAGAGAUAAAAUGUUUGGUUGAACUAGACGAAGGGCAAAUAUGGAAGAUAUUUUAUCGGAACGGAGGUGCGGAUGGACCACAUCUCUUAUGGAAGAGUUAAACCAUAUUUGGUUUAGUAAUGAACCAAAUUGGUUUGGUUUAAACCCAGUUGGUUUAUUUGUGAACCAAACCAAGAGGUUAAUGAGUCAAAUUUUGGUUAAGGAAUAUGGGCCGGGUUUGGACAUUUUAAUCCAACUUAUCAAAAGAACCUAUAUAUUGAUAUAGAAGGGAGAAAAUUAAUAACCAAUUCAUUAUUCGUUGGUUUAGAUUUUUUGGAAAAACCUGGCCUCUCUCUCUCUCCUCUCCUCUCUCUGCCGCCUCUCACUAAGAAGCCAAGAGGAAGAAUUUUCUCUUCCUCAAGCUUUCGCUUCUUCUUCCUUCUCUUGGAUCAUGAUUGCCUCCACGCUUGGCUAGUAUAAAUCAGAGGCGAACCUUGUUGCUCAUCGAAGUUGUCUUGAAGAUCUCGGCGUGGAUACGAAUAGAGGCGAGGUUCGUGGACGUCGCUAAUGUUGAUGCCCUUUCCUUUAUGCAUCAUCUGUAAGUGUUCUUCGUGCCUGUUGAAUUAAAAGCUGAGGAUGAAUGCAAAAGUGAACUUGGUCUUGCUGUUAUGCUUUGCCUCUCUUUAUUCUUCUCUUGCAUCACAGAGGGAAGUGGGUGUUCUUAUCGAUAUAAAGACAGCCUUUCAAGAUGUUAACCAGCUUACUUCUUGGAUAAGCAAUCAAGUUUCUCCAUGUAAUUGGAACUUCGUGACAUGUUCUGGUGGUCUUGUUGUGGAGUUGGCACUGUCGUCUAAGGGAUUCAAUGGAACUUUGUCUCCGAGACUUGGAGAGCUUCCUAGUCUUCGUACAUUGUCUCUAUCAGACAACUUUAUAUCUGGUUCUAUUCCUAAAGAGCUUGGAAACUUGUUAAGCUUGAGAAGCUUGACAUUGCAGAAUAAUAGACUAAAUGGGACCAUACCAGAUUCUCUUGGAAAUCUGGCAGCACUCCGAAUUAUGGAUUUAAGUGGGAAUGCUUUAAGCGGUAACCUUCCCGGUUCUCUUUCGAACCUAUCAAGCUUAAGUAAUAUUAACCUUGCUUACAACGAUCUCACCGGCGACAUACCCACGAAUCUACUUAAUGUUUUAAGCUAUAAUUUCACAGGUAAUAAGCUUAAUUGUGGCACAAACACCUUGAAUAGUUGCACGAACAACAUAACUAAUCAAGGAGAAGCAUCUAAGAAUUCAAAGAGAGGACUCGUAAUCGGAAGUAUCGGAGGAAUAAUAGGACUCCUACUCGUAUGUGGUUUGCUUCUUCUAUGGAGAAGGAAUAAGCAUUACCCACACGAUACUUUUGUUGAUGUUCCAGGUGAAUCAGACCACAAAAUUGCAUUUGGACAACUGAAGAGGUUCACUUGGCGAGAACUAAAAAUUGCAACGGGCGACUUUGGUGAAAAAAAUGUUCUUGGUCAGGGUGGUUUUGGGAAGGUAUACAGAGGAGUGCUCUCAGAUAAUUCUGAAGUUGCCGUAAAAAGGUUGAUUGAUUACGAAAGUCAUGCCGGGGAAGUUGCAUUUAUCCGUGAAGUUGAAUUGAUAAGUGUUGCUGUUCACAAAAAUCUUUUAAGGUUGAUCGGCUACUGUACGACACCCACCGAGCGCCUUCUGGUUUAUCCUUACAUGAAAAAUCUGAGUGUCGCCUAUCGUUUACGAGAUCGAAAACAUGGUGAGGCAGUGUUAGAUUGGCCGACGAGGAAAAAAGUGGCCAUGGGCGCAGCACACGGUCUGGAGUACCUUCAUGAGCAUUGCAACCCCAAGAUCAUUCACCGAGAUGUCAAAGCUGCCAACAUCUUGCUCGAUGAGAAUUUUGAAGCAGUCGUCGGAGACUUUGGCUUGGUCAAAUUGGUGGAUGUUAGGAAAACUUCUGUGACGACUCGAAUUCGAGGGACUAUGGGCCAUAUCGCACCGGAAUAUCUGUCUACCGGCAAGUCCUCAAUCAAGACUGAUGUUUUCGGUUACGGAAUCAUGCUUCUUGAGCUCGUCACUGGCCAACGUGCCAUCGACAUCUUUGAGGGAGAAAUUUUGUUGCUCGAUAAGGUCAAGAAACUAUCGAGGGAACAACAACUUGAUACCAUCAUCGACUGCAACCUCAACAAGGACUACGAUAUUGUGGAAGUGGAAAAGCUGAUUCAAGUUGCACUUCUUUGCACGCAGCAAUCACCGGACGCCCGUCCAACAAUGUCGGAUGUAAUUCGAAUGCUAGAAGGCGAAGGCUUGACGGAUCGAUGGGAACAGUUGCAACUAGUCGAGGUUAGUCAGAAGCAGGAGUACGAAAGGAUACAAAAGAGAUUGAUUUGGGACGAUUACUCAUCGUAUAACCAAGAACCCAUCGAAUUGUCUACCGGAAGGUGAUGAACCUUAACUUCUAGGGGCGUUGCACCAUUUAGUAAGUAAUUCAAUGUUCAAGUACAAGAAUAAGAAUGUUCAUUGUAAUACACAAUACUUUCCUUGCAAUUUGAAAUUCCUUUGUAGUAGAAAAGAACGCCCAAAACACAAAUGUAACUUGAGGGUGAAAUUUCCGAAAGUAUAGACAAUUCCUUUCGUUUC